AUGAUGUUCCCUUCUCUCGCCAUAUUCGCUGCGGCGAGCAGCCUGCUGUCCUUUGCGACGGCGCAUAACAUCCAGAUGAAGGCCCACCAGCGCGAAUGUUUCCACGAAAACUUACACAAGGACGACAAAAUGACGGUCUCGUUCCAAGUUGGCGACAGAGAAUUCGGGGGUAGCGGAAACCUGGAGAUUGACUUUUGGAUCGAGACACCCUCGCACAAGUUUGAAGUACACGAACGCGGUGUACCAGGCGGCGACUACUCCUUCACCGCCAAGGAAGAUGGCAAAUACAUAUACUGCUUCAACAAUGAACACUGGGGCGCCAAUACCAAGGAGAUCUCCUUCAACGUGCACGGCAUCGUCUACGUCCCCGAGUCAGAAGCGCCCCAAGAUCCGCUGGAGAAGGAAGUCCGCCAAUUGUCCGAGCUCGUCUCGCAGGUCAAGGACGAGCAGAGCUACAUCAUUAUGCGCGAGCGAACACAUAGGAACACGGCCGAGAGCACCAACUCACGCAUCAAGUGGUGGAGUAUCUUCCAGCUCAUUGUGCUGAUUGGUCAGGGUGUUUUCCAAGUCUGGUGGCUAAAGCGGUUCUUCGAGGUCAAGCGCGUUGUAUAA